UGACUUGAGCGGAGUUUGUAUCUAUUGUUCUCUGCCACGCCCUGGUUGCAUACUGAUAUAUUCGUUCGAACAAAGAUUUCCCCAGACAGAUUUUGACUGAGAGCAACAGACGAUUUCCACCCCUCCUUCUUUCUUUCUCCCCCCCCCGUUCCUCCCUAAUUUACCCAGAAGUGCUUUGGUGUGCGUGUGUUUCCGCUGGGUUUUCCUGUCGGAGAAAGGAAAGGGGGGGACUGUUUCGCGUCCUCUUGACUCCAGGAGUAUAUUUUGUAUCCGUUCCCCACCUCCCCGGCUCGCUUUGUCUCCCUGGCUCAGCGCUGUUAAGCUUGAAGCUCCUUCGAGCGGCCAGCGUCUUUGCGCUCCGAGAGCGGGAGGAAGAGAAAGAGUCACGAGGGAGGGAGCAACUGCGUCCGGGUGGCGUUUUUUAUUGUUCGCGUGCUCCUUUAGGUGGGUCGGUGGGUGCCAGCCCUUCUGCGCGCGCAAGGAAGCAGGGCUGCCGCCUGCCGUUUUCCCACCGCCGGCUCCCGGUUUUGCUAUGUUGGAUGUGGCUGGCUGAGAAAGAGGGAGAGGCACAGACGCAUCUUGGGAACGGCCGCUCUUUCUUUGCGAUGGCGUAAAUCUGCCUCAGAGCGACCUUCGCGUGAACCGGGGACGGAGCUCGAAACUGACUCCUCUCUAUCUUUUUAACCAAAAUUAAAAAUAACGACAAUUAAACCAACCACCGCUCAGUCACCUCUUUCGUCGGGAAGGAAAGCAAAGCGGAACCAGAGCUUUUUUCUUUCUCUCUCUCCUUUCUCCCAUCUCGCCCUCCAUCCCUCCAAUGAAGAAGAGUUUUAUCCUGGAGUGAAGGAAGCAAAGGGGAGAGAGAUAAUAAGGCGAGAGGUUGGGGUAGAUAUUUGUGUGUGUGUGUGUAAGGGGCGGCGCUUUAUGUUUUCACCCUGGCGUGGUAGCGCCGCUUGUCCUCUGCUCCUUUUGUUUAUGAAAAGAAGAAAAAACAUUCAAUAAAACCGAAGGGGAAAAUGGCGAACGACUCUCCUGCAAAAAGUCUGGGGGAGAUAGACCUCUCUUCCUUACGGGAUCCUGCUGGGAUUUUUGAGCUGGUGGAAGUGGUUGGAAAUGGCACAUAUGGGCAAGUUUAUAAGGGUCGACAUGUCAAGACAGGCCAACUUGCAGCCAUCAAAGUCAUGGAUGUUACUGAGGAUGAAGAGGAAGAAAUCAAACUGGAAAUAAACAUGCUGAAGAAAUAUUCCCAUCAUAGAAAUAUUGCAACUUAUUAUGGUGCUUUCAUUAAGAAAAGUCCUCCAGGUCAUGAUGAUCAACUGUGGCUUGUAAUGGAGUUCUGUGGAGCAGGAUCCAUUACAGACCUUGUGAAGAACACAAAAGGAAAUACUCUGAAGGAGGACUGGAUAGCGUACAUCUCCAGAGAGAUUCUUAGGGGAUUGGCACAUCUCCAUGCCCAUCAUGUGAUUCACCGGGAUAUCAAAGGGCAGAAUGUAUUGCUAACAGAAAAUGCAGAGGUGAAACUGGUGGAUUUUGGUGUUAGUGCUCAGCUGGACAGGACAGUUGGUAGAAGAAAUACCUUUAUUGGAACGCCUUACUGGAUGGCGCCAGAAGUUAUUGCCUGUGAUGAAAAUCCAGAUGCUACAUAUGACUACAGAAGUGACCUUUGGUCAUGCGGCAUUACAGCCAUAGAGAUGGCAGAAGGUGCUCCCCCCCUCUGUGACAUGCAUCCAAUGAGAGCCCUGUUUCUUAUUCCCAGGAAUCCUCCUCCACGGCUAAAAUCCAAGAAGUGGUCAAAAAAGUUCUUUAGUUUUAUAGAAGGCUGUUUAGUGAAGAACUAUAUGCAACGGCCUUCUACAGAGCAGCUUUUAAAACAUCCAUUUAUACGUGAUCAGCCAAAUGAAAGACAAGUCCGAAUCCAGCUUAAAGAUCACAUAGACAGAACCAGGAAGAAGAGAGGAGAGAAGGAUGAAACGGAAUAUGAAUAUAGUGGAAGUGAAGAAGAGGAAGAAGAAGUGCCUGAACAAGAAGGAGAGCCAAGUUCUAUUGUUAAUGUGCCUGGAGAAUCUACCCUCAGACGUGAUUUCCUGAGAUUGCAGCAGGAAAACAAGGAACGUUCUGAGGCUCUUCGGAGACAACAGCUGCUACAGGAACAGCAGUUGCGAGAGCAGGAGGAAUACAAACGACAGCUGCUGGCAGAGAGACAAAAGCGCAUUGAACAGCAGAAAGAGCAAAGGAGGAGACUAGAAGAGCAACAAAGACGAGAACGAGAAGCUCGAAGACAGCAAGAACGUGAGCAAAGGAGGAGAGAACAAGAGGAAAAGAAGCGAUUGGAGGAAAUGGAAAAGAGACGUAAGGAAGAAGAGGAGAGAAGGAGAGCAGAAGAAGAAAAGAGGAGAGUGGAGAGAGAGCAGGAGUAUAUCAGGCGACAGCUAGAAGAGGAGCAGCGGCACUUGGAAAUUCUUCAGCAGCAGCUGCUCCAGGAGCAGGCCAUGUUACUGGAAUACAGAUGGCGAGAAAUGGAAGAACACCGGCAAGCAGAGAGGCUCCAGCGUCAAUUGCAACAGGAGCAGUCCUAUCUUUUGUCACUUCAGCAUGACCACAGGCGGCAACAACAGCAGCAGCAACAAGAAAGAAAUAAACAAAAUUAUCAUACCCCUGAGCUUAAAUCCCAUUAUGAGCCUACUGAAAGACCCCGGGAGGUUGAUGAUAGAUACAGAAAAAAUAAUCAGGGCUCCCCUGAAGCACAGUCUAAACAGACAAGCAAAGUUUUGGAGCCACCGGUGCCUUCAAGAUCAGAGUCCUUUUCAAACGGAAAUUCCGAGCCUAUUCAGCCUUCACUGCAAAAGCCAAUGGAACCACAGGUACAGUGGUCCCAUCUGGCAUCUCUCAAGAACAAUGUUUCCCCUGUCUCGCGGUCCCAUUCCUUCAGUGACCCUUCUCCCAAAUUUGCACAUCACCAUCUUCGCUCUCAGGACCCAUAUCCACCUUCACGCAGUGAAGUGCUAAAUCAGAGUUCUGACUCUCAUUCUGAGAUACCUGACCCCACCCAAAAGGCUUGGGCUAGAUCAGACAGUGACGAGGUGCCUCCAAGGGUACCUGUGAGAACUACAUCCAGAUCACCUGUGUUAUCUCGCCGAGAUUCUCCACUGCAGGGCAGUGGACAACAAAAUAACCAAGCAGGUCAAAGAAACUCCACAAGCAAUAUAGAGCCUCGCCUACUCUGGGAAAGAGUGGAGAAGUUGGUGCCGCGGCCUGGGAGUGGAAGUUCUUCUGGUUCCAGCAAUUCCAGCUCACAGCCUGGGUCCCAAAGUGGUUCUGGAGAGAGAUUCCGAAUGAGAUCAUCUUCAAAAUCUGAAGGCUCACCGUCACAACGUAAUGAAAAUGCAACAAAAAAGACUGAAGAGAAAAAGGAAUCUUUCAGACCCAGCAAACCUGUGGAUUUAACUGCUUUGGCAAAGGAAUUGCGGGCAGUGGAGGAUGUGCGACCUCCACAUAAAGUGACAGAUUAUUCAUCAUCCAGUGAAGAAUCAGGGACAACGGAUGAAGAUGAUGACGACAUGGAACAAGAAGGAGUUGAUGAAUCUACUUCAGGACAAGAAGAUGCUAGAGCAGUAUCCACUCUAAACCUCAGCAAUGGGGAAACAGAGUCAGUGAAAACUAUGAUUGUGCAUGAUGACGUGGAGAGUGAACCUGCAAUGACUCCUUCCAAGGAGGGCACUUUAAUCGUCCGACAGAGUACAGUUGACACAAAGCGUGCCAGCCAUCAUGAGAGCAAUGGCUUUGUCGGUCGCAUUCACCUCUUGCCAGAUCUCUUACAGCAAAGCCAUUCCUCCUCCACUUCCUCCACCUCCUCCUCCCCAUCCUCCAGCCAGCCGACACCCACCAUGUCCCCACAGACACCCCAGGACAAGCUAACUACUAAUGAGACUCAGUCCGCUAGUAACACACUGCAGAAACACAAAUCUUCCUCCUCCUUUACACCUUUUAUAGACCCUAGAUUACUACAGAUAUCUCCAUCUAGUGGAACAACUGUGACUUCUGUUGUAGGAUUCUCUAGUGAAGCAAUGAGGUCAGAGGCGGUAAGACAGGAUCCAACCCGGAAAGGAUCAGUUGUUAAUGUGAACCCUACAAAUACACGGCCACAAAGUGACACCCCCGAGAUCCGCAAAUACAAGAAGAGAUUCAAUUCUGAGAUCUUAUGUGCUGCCUUAUGGGGGGUUAAUUUGUUAGUGGGGACAGAGAGUGGCCUGAUGCUGCUGGACAGGAGUGGCCAAGGGAAGGUAUAUCCAUUAAUAAAUCGAAGAAGGUUCCAGCAAAUGGAUGUACUUGAAGGUCUGAAUGUCUUGGUGACAAUAUCGGGUAAGAAAAACAAAUUGAGAGUGUAUUAUCUGUCAUGGUUAAGAAACAAAAUCCUUCAUAAUGACCCUGAGGUAGAAAAGAAACAAGGCUGGACGACUGUGGGAGACCUGGAAGGUUGUGUACACUAUAAAGUUGUGAAAUAUGAAAGAAUCAAAUUCUUAGUCAUUGCUUUGAAGAGUUCUGUAGAAGUCUAUGCCUGGGCACCAAAACCAUACCACAAAUUUAUGGCAUUUAAGUCAUUUGGAGAUUUGGUACAUAAGCCAUUAUUAGUGGAUCUUACUGUAGAAGAAGGCCAGAGACUAAAGGUGAUCUAUGGCUCCUGUGCUGGAUUUCAUGCUGUAGAUGUGGACUCGGGAUCAGUAUAUGAUAUUUACCUCCCAACGCAUAUCCAGAGUAGUAUCCAACCCCAUGCAAUCAUUAUUUUGCCAAACACUGAUGGGAUGGAGUUGCUUGUUUGCUAUGAAGAUGAAGGAGUUUAUGUUAAUACAUAUGGAAGGAUCACCAAAGAUGUGGUUCUGCAGUGGGGAGAAAUGCCUACAUCAGUGGCAUAUAUUCGAUCUAAUCAGAUUAUGGGCUGGGGAGAAAAAGCUAUUGAGAUACGAUCGGUGGAAACAGGACAUUUGGAUGGCGUAUUUAUGCACAAAAGGGCACAAAGACUCAAGUUUUUGUGUGAACGUAAUGACAAGGUUUUCUUUGCGUCUGUACGGUCUGGAGGAAGCAGUCAAGUUUAUUUCAUGACCUUAGGCAGGACUUCUCUUCUGAGCUGGUAGAAGAGCUGUAGUUUGACAAGGGAUUGCUGUCAUCUGGAGUCUUCAUAACUUGGAAUCAUUUGCAACUGGAGUACAGACGCCAUGAUGUAGGGCCACAUGCCAUUGUGUGCAGCCAUCACUGGUGUUGGGUUCUUUUUGUUUUUAAAAUGAGGCUGCAAUAUGCGGCUGGUGCUGUAAAGAUAUUGCCAUCGGGUGCUAUCUGUUUUGGGAUCCCACUAGAGGAAGAAUCGGGUCUUUCUCCUUUUCCUUCUUCCCUUCUCCUUUCCCAGCUCCAGGUUGGGAAGAGACUGAUGAGAAACCUGUUUUUGAAAGGAGGCAGGCAUGUGAAGGUGGCUGGAGGGUGGUAUAGAUGGAGCCAGUGUUCCUGAAGCAGAGAGCAAAUCUAAUAUAGUAAUAUUAACAGUGUAUUUAAUUGACAUUUCUUUUUCUUUUUUCUUUUGUAAUGUGACAAUAUGUGGGCAAAGAGGAAGAUGCAGGUUUUAAAAUUAAUAUUUAUAAAAUGUGAAAGGCACAGUGGUUUAGGGGAGAAGGGGUGACUUUUUUUAAGUUUUGGCUUGGCCAAGAGUUUAGUCAUUUUUUCCCUGUGUACCAAGUUCUGCCUAAAAGCCACACGUGGAUAAUUUUUUAAUAAAUGAAUAGAAUUGUUCAUUUUUCUAUAAUGACUCUUCAUUGGUAAUGUCAGUGUUAGCACUGCCUCAGUUAAAGGUUUAAUUUUUGUUUAAACCUAAAACGUGGAACAACUUUUACUACCAGUCUGCUCAUGCAGCUUUUGGGGAAAGAAAAUUCCAAACGUGUUUAUUUUUGUGCCUACCUCAUUGUUUCUAAUGCAUACAAUAAAAAGAGGUGGUUUAGGUUUCUACUUUUGUUUUUAGUAGAACAACUAUUAAUGUCCAAUUAUUCAUAAUAUUAAAACUAGCAAAUUAAAGGUUUGACUGUUAAUUUUGUAUUGGGUUUCAACGGAAGAGCAAGCAAUUAUUUGAGAUGGUUGAUAGAUUUGUGACAGUGACUGAAGUAGUCCAUUUCUUAAAUUUUGAAAGCAAACUUUUCACUUUAUUUUUUACCAGUUUUAUCAUGAAUAGAAGUUCAAGGAAUUUAGCCUAAAAUUCAGAAGGUUUUAACAUGUGGGUUUCGUAACAGGCAAGUAACAGUAGCUAGGCUAGUUCUUAUAACUUGUUUAAUGUUGUCAGAAACUUUGGGGAAGUGAUGUUUUCCUUUUCUAAGAAUGCAAUGCACUAAAACUAUUUUAAGAAUGUAGUUAAUACCGCUUAUUCAUUUUUUAAGCAGCAUAUACUUGUGUUUCAAUGUAAAAAUCCAACUCUUGACCCUUCCCCUCAUCUGCUCCAUCUUUUUAAAGGAAAAAAACCCCAGUUUUGUUUUAUCAGUAAGUUUUUGGCCUUUGUAAUAAAUGUCUGAAGACUAAUAAUUUGUUUAAAGGCUACAUGUGUUUAUUACUUGAGAAAACUUGAGUGUGUAAUUAUCUGUUGGUGAUGUAAUAAUGCACAGUGUCAUUCAAUCAUUAUGGUUUUUUUUAAACUUUUUUUACUCUCUUUGGGGUACUUUUGUUGACAGCUGCCUUAAGCUCACUGUUCAGUGAACUGGAAUCCAGUGUUUCAUGGGCUAUGUCUUCUGCUAUGGUUCCCUUUGUCAUGGCAUGACAGGUGUAGAGAAUUCCAUGUGAUUCUUCAGUCAAGAAGCUUUGAUAGUUCAAGUGAGAUUGGUCACACAACUUGCUUUAUGCUGAACAGUACCAAUGGACUGAGCCUGCUGCUCAGUAAGCCCUUCUUCUGGCAUCAGAAGAACUGUUCUUCUGUUUGACCAACUUUUUUUUUUUAAAUAAAGGCUUUCUUUGAAAGACCAGGAAGUCUCCCCCCCUCCCCCCAAAAAGCUGGCAGAAAACACACAAAUAAGGACACCUUAUAAUUGCGGGCAGAAAAAUGUUUUGAAGUCUCUCCCUUUUGGAAAACAAUUGGCUUUUGGAUAGCACUAAAUGUCAGGGCUAAGGUUACAGGUGGCUUUCGCUUUUCUUUAUACCUGUUAGCAAUCAGCAGCUCUGCUUUCUACAUCAGAAAAUGAAUGGGACUCAGAAGACCAAUGCAGAAACAAGACGGUAGGGGUGUCUCUUGCAUUGGCACUAUAGCAUAGCUUACUGGUUGGCCAGAUGUACUUAGGAAAAUAUUAGAAAAGCACUGUGUGGUUAAAACUGAUUUAAUUCUUGUCUUCUCUUCUUAUGCCACCUUGUUACAUUCUUUCUUUAAAAAGACUACUGUUAAAUGUAGGAAAGUUGUAGUAUGGAGCAAUUCUCCUGGUCAAUAUGCUGUUGAAGUUCUGUACAACAAAAUAAGGGGCUGGAGGGAAUGACUUGCUCAGUGGGACAACUGCAUUGCUGCCCCAAACCCCGCACAAGUGCCGAGGUGGCUGACUUUACAAGUAAAAUCAGUAUUAUGAAACCACUAUAUAGAAAAUGUUGAAAUCCAUUUUUAAAGCAGUGCUGUUGGUAAAGCAUAAAAUACUCCUAGUUUAGUUUUAAGCUUUAAGUAAUAACUUUCUGUAUCUUAAGUCAAAGUAAUUCUAACUGUAUGACUGCAGUGACUUUAUUUUUAUUGUAUGCACAUGUUAUGUUGGAGAAAAUGUUUACAAAAAUGGUUUUGUUACACUAAUGUGCAUCACAUAUUUAUGGUUUAUUUCGAAGUGAUUUUGUGGGGUUUAGGUUUUCAUAGUAGUAGCAGUACACACUUUUGUGAUUUUUUAAAUAACCCCAAACUCUGCCAACUAUAAAGAUGCUUAAACAAUAAUAAAAAUGACAAAAUUACUAGUUGUAGAACUGCAGAGCAGACUGAUGGCAAUGAAACACUCAGCCUUUUUGCAGUGCUGUCUAAUUUGUCUUUUGUGUAUUAUAAAAUACUGUCCCCCCCCAUUUUUCCUUAAAUAAAGAAAAAAAAUGACACCUAUGUGUAUGUGGAAGUAUUUUGGGUAAUUUCUUUUCUUUAGAAGAGGCAAGGGUAAGCUCUUCAGUAUUUUGGCAGCUCUUGAGUAAAAUUGUCUACUCUUGGUAAAAUGCACACACGCUAUGCAGACAGAUGCUGACACAACAGGAUGUGUAGCUUUCCUGAAACAAUGUAAAAUGGCUUGCCUUAGAAAGGCACAGAUGGAUUGGAUGGGCCAAUAAUGUCUUCCAGUCCCAACUCCAAAGUGUUCAGUAGAGUUGAGUGCAAAUAGAGUAGCAGGAUAUUUCCACACACCCUCCUGCUCUUACUACUGUGGUUAACUUAUAAUCCUGUCUUCAGUAUCCUUGUGCUUCUGACUCUAUUUUAGCGACUUGCACUUUCAAAGAGAAGUAUUUGGCUUUUUGCCCAGUGCACGCCCUAUCAUGCGCAGCUUGGACCCUGCCCACUGCUUACCCUCCUUCCAUACCACCUUGCCUGUAAUGGGAUGUUGGCACAUGGUGUAUGGAUGCAGGUUAUUUGUUCACCUUUUUAUUUCAAGCACUAUUACAUUAGAGCACAGAAAAAGUAUACUUUCACUCAAAUGCUUUGGCUAGUGUCUUUUUAUUUAGAGAAUUAAAGGGGUAGGGAGAGAAGGUUCCCUUUCCAAGUGAAAUGAUACAAGCUAAGAUCAUAGGAUUAUACAAAAUGAAGACUGGUACAAAUACUUCCUAAAACAACAAAAAAAGAGAUAGGAGAACUUUACAGCAUGAUAUCAUAGUUUAGUUUAUCACAAGUAGCUUGUAGUUCAGCAUUGCAAGUAGCAGAGAGGACAUGUGUUGUAUUCCCUGACAAAAUGUUUGAUGAGUAAAAUACAGUUACGAACAUGGGGAUUCACUGUAAGUUGCUGCCCAGUUAGCUGGUUCCGCCAGAGCACACCUUGGCUUUGGAAGUCUAUGUAUAUGUAUAUAUGUGUAUUUCUUUUUUUUACAUUCUAUGUUUUUAAUGUAAAUGACCAAAAGAUCCUU